UAUAGCUCAUUUCACCACUAUGUAUACAAUAAAACCUUCACAAAUAUAUAGAAUCUCCCUUCUUCUUCUUUUUCCCUUCGUAUCUUUCUCUCCUUCAUCAACAUGAUGAUGUUAAAUAAACGCAAAAAGCAAACCCAAGGCCGUCAAAAAAUAGAGAUCAAGCAGAUAGAAGAGAAGAGCAAUCUACAGGUGACGUUCUCAAAGCGUCGUGGGGGUCUAGUCAAGAAAGCAAGCGAGCUAAGCCUUCUCUGCGGGGCACAAGUGGCCAUUCUUGCCUUCUCUCCAGGCAAAAAGGUCUUUGCGUUUGGUCACCGCGAUGUCGACAUGGUACUUGAUCGUUAUCUCACUGAGAGUUCUACUGCUGGGGAACUAGGGGCCGCGAGUAACGACCCUCAAGUUCAACAAUGGAACAAAGAGUACGAGGAGGCAUUGAAAGAGUUGGAGGAGGAGAAGAAGCAUGUGGCAAUGGCUGAACAGUGGAAUAAGGUGUGUGAAAAUAAUGUUAAUGCAAGGUUCUGGUGGGAUGAACCUAUUGAUGAUAUGGAAUUGGAGGAGCUUGAGGAGUAUGUGAGGGCCAUGGAAGAGUUAAAGAAGAAUGUGGCUGCCAGGGCAAAUGAGUUAACCAUGGCCAACGAUCAUUUUGGUAAUCAAAAUAUGAGUCAUCAUCUUGAUCUUGGAGUUCAUGGUUUUAGUCUUGAAAAUGUUCUAUUUUAAAGAAUUUGUAGCAACAAAAAAUCCGGUUGAUUUCUUACAAUUGAAUCCAAAUUUAGCAGCUUGAACUCUUGUUUUAUUUAAUCUAGUUUUUUGUUUUUUUUUUA